AUGACCGACUCACAGUCACCAGCUCCACCGGCCGAAGCGCUUCGUCUGGUGCAGGAGAAUGCGCCAGCCAUCUCAUCCNCCCUGAACCCCGAGGUCAGAGGACGCUCGCAGCGCGAGCGCAAAGAGACGGCCAAGAAGCGCGAGGCUACACGCGGCAUGACACCGACAGUGCCCGCCAAACGCAAGACGACCGGCGCCUCGAAUGGUCGCCAUACAACUGCGCAGUCGGCGCCGUCGCCCAUGCGCUACCAGAUCCCUCCGCCCAAAUCAUCCGAUUACGAUCCGCCCAAGCCACCAGUCUUCACUUCGCACGAACCCCUACCUUACAUGGCACCCGAUGGCAAGACGGAGCUCAAGAAAGUGACGGACCAGGCCGAGAACAAGCGCGCAUACCGAUACACUCUAGCCGUGGCAGACCCCAACUUCCGGCACAAGCAGUUUUAUCGCCAGUCUGAUGGCUUGCCCUACGGAGCCCGCAUGUCCUUCGAAGACGCCGACCGUUCAAUUCACUAUGAUACCAGUGGCCACAUCAUGACCAACGGAAGAGGAUGGCGCAUGGCGAGGGCCAACGUCUGCGCCCGCGAGGGUUCAUUCUACUUUGAAGUGCGCGUCGUGCGUGGUGUGCCCACGGUGCAGUCANGGGAGACCAAGGGACCACAGCCACACGUAAGAGUUGGAUGGGCACGUCGCGAAGCUCCUCUGGAUGCGCCAGUCGGUUUCGACGGCUACAGCUACGGAAUCAGUGAUCUGCGCUUCGAGCCCAUGCACCGCAGCAGACCAUCCAAGUUCUUCCACCCCAGGACAUCCAAGGCAAAAGCCAACACGCCUAUCCAACUCAACGACAGCAUCCGCGAAGGCGAUGUCGUCGGCCUGGAGAUUACUCUUCCCUCGCUGUCGCUGCAUCAGAAGGUCGUCGAAGGUCACUACAACCCUGCCGUCGACCUGGGCGAUGGCUUCGAAGAUCAACCGCCACGUCCCGAUCCUUCGGCAGAGCCUCACCACAUCAUCCGCGACCGCAUUCCCGUGCCUUACAAAGGCAACGUCUACUUUGAGACCAUGGACUAUGUCUCGACCAAACCUGUCGAAGCAUAUGCAGACCGCACACUAUCUCUGACUUCUCUGUCUACACCUGCCCCUGGCGCACCCACCUCUAUCAAAUCGCAUCCCGGCGCCCAUCACCAAGACCCUCCGCUUCGCACUCUACCACACAGCAACAUCCGUGUCUACAAGAACGGCCACUUGAUCGGCACUGCCUUUGAGAAUCUCCUGGCGUUUCUGCCACCAGCCAGUCAAGUCAGCAAAGCUCAAGGCGCGCGCGAAGGCUUCGAUGACGGUAUGCUUGGCUAUUUCCCUGCCAUCGCCUGUUUCAGUGGCGGCAUCGCCGAGCUGAACUUUGGUGAGAAUGGUUUCUGGUACNCCCCAGCCCACCUAAAGCCUGUCCCCAACAUUGCCGAUACUUCGGAUUCGGAUCGAAGAUUCUACCGCGGCCGUGCGCUUCGACCCAUCUCUGAGAGAUUCAAUGAGCAGAUAGCCGAAGACAUAGUGUGGGACGUCCUCGACGAAGUCGAUUUCUUCGAUCAAGACGGCGGGUUCGACGGCAAGGUCGGUGCGGGCGCGAAUACAGUCAAGAAGGGCGUUGCUAGCUUGAAGGAGGAAAUGGACUAG